CGCGUCCAGACCGCUGCAGUCACACACCCUCCGUGUUGUGCUCUCACUUCCUGGAUACUCAUUGACAACCUGCUGCGGCUGUUCCAAAAGGUCUCACCAAACCGUUCAAAAGUAGUUUUUAGAACAGUCGAAGAUCUGCUUUCAUGCUGGUGACUGGCAACAGGAAUGCCAAUGAUCCAAGUGACCAUUCCAUCCACGGAGAGGGAAGUGGACGAGGCAGGAAAGUCCAAAAAGGUGUUCCGAGUUGAAGUGUUGUUCAACGAGAGGAAACAUUUUGUGCUGAGGAGAAGCAGCGAAUUCCAGACUCUGCACAGAAAACUCAGGAAGAUCAUCCAGACUCCUGAUUUUCCCAGUAAAAGAAAUCCUCAUCUGAGGACCAAACCUCUGGAGCAGAGGAGGCAGGAGCUAGAGGAUUACAUCCAGGACAUCAUCUACGCAUAUGAAGACGUGCCGCAGGAGCUGUUGGACUUCCUCCAUGUCAAACAUUAUCACCCAGGCAACAAGAUCAGCAGCAUGGAAUCACUUGAUGAUCUGGAUAGUCAGGACUACAGUUUUCAGUUGCCGCAUCAGCGAGUGAUGGCAUUCUUCCAGGAUCCAUACGCCUCUGACCGCACAUCAGGUCUCCCUGAUGUGGUGGUAGCGGGAGUCCUGCAAGGGUUUUACCCCCGGGGCAUCCGCGUCAGUUUCACAGCCCCCGCCCUCACUGAGCCUGACCCCUCUGGGAAGGCUGGAAUUUAAUGACUGGGAAGAACCACCAAUGGAAUGGAAAGCCAUCACAAUCCACAGAAAGGGGAGGAAGACAAAGGAACGUGGACUUUAUAAAAGUCUUCCAUAAAUGUUCAAUGGUUUGACUUCAUGGGUGACUUUUUAGUUGUUUUAAUGAGUCUACAACAUCUUUUAGCAGAGUACUUUGAAUAGAUCUUCAUGUUGAAAGUCUGUAGUGCAUGCAAACAACCUAAAUUAAAUACUCAAUGAGUACAAGGAUGAGUAUUGUAUCAUUCUCGUUUUGUUUAAAUGAUACUUUUUUUCUUUUACA